UGGGAACCCCCAAAACGCCCCCGAACCCCUCCCGGGGUCCCCCCGAACCCGGUACCACCGGAACCGCCGCCCGCGUUGUGUUUUUUACAGGGAAAAUCCAAAUUUUUCAUUUUUCCUCUCUGCGGGCCGGGGUCUCCACAUGGCCGGGGGGGGAACUCCCCAAAAAUUCGGGUGAUUUUGAGACCCCCACCCCAAAUUCCCCACCCGGAGCAAAACUUUCUCCGCCUCCAUAACGAUCAUUAUUUUUAAUUAUUCUCAUUUUGACGGCGAUUAUUUUGAUUUUUUUUUUUUUUUUUUUGUUCUGUUUUCGUUUUUAAAUCGGAUUACGGCGACACCCUCGGGGCCAGCGCUUCCCAUUGGAGAAUUCCAAAAAUCCCAAAUAAUUCCCUGGCGCUGCUGGGAGGGGACAGGGAGGUGACACCGAGGUGACACCGGGGGAUGUUCCCAAAAAAACCCUACGACAGCCCGGCCAGCGGCUACGGGCCACCGACGGCCACCUACGGGCCACCGACGGCCACCUACGGGCCACCGACGGGCGAGUUCGGCUACGAGUUCGGUGCGCGCUCGCCGCCGCCCGGCUCCUACUACGCGGAGGAGGCGCCGCAGCUUUUCUACCGGUGGUCGUCGCCGCCGGGGCUAGUGAGGGCGCUGGGGGCGGUGGUCAUCCUGCUGUGCGUGGCCAUCUUCGCCUGCGUGGCCUCCACGCUGGCCUGGGAGUACGGCUACGGCUACGGCUACGGCAGCGGCGUUUUUGGCAACGGCCCGGGCGGGUUUUACGGCUCCGGUUAUUACGGCGGCGGCGUUAAUUACGGUUACGGCUACGGUGGCUACUACGGGGGAGUGACCAACCCGCGCACGGCCAACGGCUUCAUGAUGGCCAUGGCCGUGCUCUGCUUCCUGGCCCAGCUGGGGCUGCUGGUGGCCAGCCUGAGCAAGUCCAGCGGGGCGCGAUCGCGCCGCUUCUACCUGGCGGUGCUGGUGGCCUGCGCCGUGCUGGCCCUGGUCAUGCUGGUGGCCACCAUCGUCUACGUGGUGGGAGUCAACCCCCAGGCGCAGAUGAGCGGCGGUGGCUACUACUACAGCCCGCUGCUGGCCAUGUGCAGCCAGGUGUACGCCGGCGGCGCCGUGCUCAACCAGUACCUGUACCACUACUGCACCGUGGACCCGCAGGAGGCCGUGGCCAUCGCCUGCGGGUUCCUGAUCGUGCUCCUGCUGUGCCUCAUCUGCCUCUUCGCCCACAAGACCCGCAGCAGGAUCUGGAAAUUCGGGAAACACAACAUCCAGUGGGACCGGAUCCCGGCCGGCCCCGAGGGCCCCGACGUGGAGGAGUGGGUGAAGAACGUGUCGGGCGGCACCAGCGUUCCCGACGAGGCCGCCACCGUCGCGUACUCGGAGAAGGGAGAGACCCCCGGGCCCGCCCCCCCCUACAGCCCCCCCGCCUACUCAGAUGACCCCCCCAGCCCCUCCGAGGACCGUGACCGUGACCGUGACCGUGACCCCCGGCCCCCCGCCCGCCGUGGUCGCCGCGGGCGCCGCCCGGCCGAGCCCGAGGAGUCGCGCCAGUCCCAGGGCUCCCAGUGCUCCCAGUACGACACCGAGGCCACCAGCGCCCCCGAGAGCGGCGAGGAGUGCGACGGGGACGGCCAGCACUGGCACAGGCUGUUCCCCCCGCUGGGCUCGCCCGCCUCCCGCCGGCGCUACAAGGACGAGUUCGCGGCGGGGCUGCGGCGCUACCGGGAGCUGUGCGCGCAGCUGGACGCGCCGGGGCAGCGGCUGGCACAGCUGGAGCAGCAGCUGGAGCAGCUGCCCGAGGACAGCGCCCAGUACCAGGCCCUGGCCGAGGAGUACAAUCGCCUCAAGGACCUGAAGCGGAGCCCCGAGUACCAGGAGAAGAAGCGGGAAUCCCAAACCCUGCGGAACAAACUCUUCCACAUCAAGAGGAUGGUGAGCGACUACGACAAACUCCGGGGCUGACCCCAAAACCAGCACCCCAAAAAAAGGGACUUUUUUUUUGGGGGGGGGGGGACACCUCAAAACCCUCCCCCCAAAUUCCUCAUUUUGUGCCUUUUUUUUUUGUCUUAAAAAACCCCCGAAAUUCCUCGUUUUGGAAUGGCAAGGGUGUGGGGGGGGGAUGUUGGUGUGACCCCACCCUCACCCCAAAAUGUCCCCAAAUUUCCCCUAAAUGUCCCCCACAGCCUCUGGGACCCCCCCAGUGCCUUCCCCUGGUUGUAAAUAGGGUUUUUUAUGGGGUUUGCACCCCCCUGGCUGCCUUAAAAGGGGUUUUGGGGGUCCCAAAAUGGGGUUUGGAGGACAAAAGAAAAACCCUUUUGGGGUUUUUUGGGUUUUUUUUGGGACCUAAAUCCCAAAAAUAUUUUAUAGGGAACAGUGGGAAAUGUGGGAAUUGUGUAAUAUUUUAAUUGUUGGUGUUUUUUUUGUAAUAAAUGAAGUGUAAUUGUUGAUUUUAA